GGCAUGUUGAGUAUUAUAAUUAGCCACAAACACUUGCUUGCUUACUUUCAUGUCUACACAGGUUCGCUUGGUGCAAGGAGUUGGCACAGGAGGCGUCCGAGGCUGUGCAGAGCGGCCGUCUGAACCUGGUGCCACAGCUGCACAGGAGGGCUUGGCAUAGCUGGCUGGACAACAUCACAGACUGGUGUGUCUCCCAGCAGCUCUGGUGGGGCCACAGAAUCCCAGUGUACCACAUCACUGCAGCAGACGGCUGGGAGGUGUGGGUGGCGGCUGCUUGGAGGAGGAUGCAAGGCGGAAGGCUGUGGAGAAGGAAGGCACACCCUUGGCCUCCAUGUCCACCCAGCAGGAGGAAGAUGUUCUGGACACCUGGUUCUCCUCUGGCCUGUUUCCCUUUGCCUCGCUGAGCUGGCCGGGUCAGGGGAGGGGAGAGACCAUGCCUGACCUUGCUCGCUUCUACCCAACGACCUUGGUGAAGACGGGUCAUGACAUCCUCUUCUGGGUGGCUCAGAUGGUCAUGCUGGGACUCAACUUGACAGGGAGGCUUCUCUUUAAGACUGUGCUGCUGCAUGGCCUCCUGUGUGAUGGUGGCGGCCACAAGAUGUCCAAGUCCUGGGGCAGUGUGAUAGACCCCCUGGAUGUCAUCAAUGGGGCGUCCCUGGAGGUACUGUGCGAGAGGGUGGAGGGGAGCCUGAAUGCAUAAGAGGUACUCACUGGUAUCAGGAUGAACUCCCCCACAGGCAUCCCAGAGUGUGGAGCUGAUGCCCUUCGGUUCACUCUGUGCUCCACCAACUUCAAGAGUCACUGUGGCAUAGAUAGAUGAACGUGUAUGACUGUGGUGCUUCGAGUCUUGU